GGGAGAGGAGAAGGCAAAGCAGUGCGAGGUAUUUAUGGCAAUUUGGAAAGCCAAUCUGUUCCACCUUUCCCCUUUCUCUCUUUCUCUCUCUCCCUCUUUGUGUUUCUAUGAACGAUAAUUGGAUUGUUCAUGUUUUGCUUCUUUCUUUUCUUCUUCUUCUUCUUCUUCCUCCUCUUCCUCUUCCAUCGUCUGUAUUAUUUUAGUUUGCUGCAAUUUUAUAUUAUUAUUCUGAAUCUCUCGUCUUGAGGACCCAAACAGAGAGUUCUCUGCCAACCACAGGAUUUGGCUCCUCGGCUCAGUUCCUCCUCCCCUAUGCCAUGGCCCUCCUCCAUUAGAUUCCCAGCCAUAGAACAUACCCCUUUUCAGGUUUAAUCGAGAAAAGAACUCUUGUGGGUUAAAUCGCCUUAAUGGUUUAAUUGAGGACAUAACUCUCGUUGGUUAGAUCGUGUAAAUGGUUAAGAACACUAUCCCAUUCUCUGAUUAGCUGGACCUCUUAAGUUGUGCACGCCAGCCAUAGACUGGUGUAAAAUCUGAUGAAGUUUUGAUGUCCAAAAUGUAGUGGAAAGAGAAGUGGUGAGACGUAAUUGUGUGGCGUGAAAUUCUCUGAUACUCAAUCAUUGAUUUCUUGUGGUUGCGCUGUUGUGGUGGAUCAUAUCAUAUAGCAAUGGAAGACAGUGGAACCAGUAAGGUGACCGGGAUCAGGCAGAUUGUUAGGCUGAAGGAGCUCCUCCAGAGAUGGCAAUCUGUGACGCUUGCUCCCAGGUGGAGCAACAUCUCCUGCGAACAAACACAAAGCGGCAUUUCACCAGCAGUUAGCAGGCGGAUUAGGAGCACGACUUCGUAUUGUGAUUCAGAUGACGAUGGCUGCCAGAGCCCCGACCCACCCCACGAUGUUCCCAAGGGGUAUUUGGCAGUUUAUGUUGGUCCAGAGCAUCGGAGAUUCAUCAUUCCCACCAGCUAUCUCAGCCACCAACUGUUUAAGGUUUUGCUUGAAAAGGCUGAGGAGGAGUUUGGAUUCGACCAUUGUGGUGGCCUCACCCUCCCUUGCGAGAUUGAGACCUUCAAGUACCUGCUCAAGUGCAUGGAAACUCGUCAGAAUGAUCAGCCUACCGCAGCAGACAGCACGGCUGGGACCUCAUCAACCAUUGAAGAGUAGGCAAUUAUUUCAGGAUUUGGCUGAUUUAUCUGGUGUAAAGCAGGGGUUCUCUGUAUGCAGAUUCAGUUUCAUUUCUUCUUUUUUAACUUUCAUUAUUGUUAAGUGAAAAAUGAUAGGGUUUAGCUAGAAUUUUUUUUGUCGUUCAAGUUGGUGAAUUUGGAGCAGAACUCAUUGAAGGCUGGUGUUCGAUCAUGUCUCUUGCUUGUAAGGCAUCUGAAGCUUGAUUGAUAUUUGCUUAAAGCUCGAACCACAACUUAUUGUUGAGCAAAUUGUCCAACAAUAUUUCAUACUUCUUCUUCUUCUUCGUGGUAUUGUCCAAAGAUUCAGCAAGGACGAUCUAGUGUAUUAUAAACGCUUCAUCAUGUUUUAAGGUUGAGAAAUAUGUCAACCUCCAUUUAGCAGUGUUGAAAGAUGAUUCUUGUUUGUUGCUUGCAGUGUUGAAUUUAGAUCAUCGAGAACAUGCUUUGAGUUAGUAGCUUGCCUUUAGAACAACGUAUGCUUUACACUUGAAACUC